GGCAGUACACUGGGAAUAGUUAUCCAGGGAGAUCUACAUUACUCUUAAGAGGAAGCAUGGCCAGCAUUCUUCUCUCGUGUAACUAAUACACAUCGGUAUGAAUCAAAAUACUAGGUCAUCGUUUCACUAUCUUACACAAGGAUAUUGACACCAGUCUGCUGCAAUGGAAGUGUUGAUGCAUCACCUUUGGCAGAGAGUCUUGCCCCGCCUACCCAGAGCCAUGAGCACUCCCUGUAAAAGCGAUUUGAGCUGUGCUGCUGGACAUGCCCCCACUGACUCCAUCUCCCGACCUAGCACACACCUUCCCCCUAGCACACACCUUCCCCUAGUCUCCCAUCUCUUCCAGCCCUCCAACCUGCGUGAUGUGGGCCAGGAGAAGCGUGCUCAGGUGGAUAUGACCUGCAAGAGCCAGAGACUGAUGCAGCAGGCAGGUCUCAUUCACCCCUCCAACCCUGGCUGCUACUACUACCUCCCGACCACUGUGCGCUCCAUGGAGAAGCUGGUGAGGCUGAUCGACCAGGAGAUGCAGGGGAUCGGUGGGCAGAAGCUGGAUAUGCCCAGCCUGUGUUCGGCAGAGCUGUGGAGACGCAGUGAGCGCUGGGACCUGAUGGGGAAAGAGCUGUUCCGCCUGAGGGACCGCCACGGGGCGGAAUACUGCCUGGGCCCCACCCAUGAGGAGGCUGUGACAGAACUACUGGCCUCUCAGGGAACCCUGUCCUACAGGCAGCUGCCUCUGCUACUCUACCAGAUCACCCGCAAGUUCCGUGAUGAGCCGAAGCCUCGGUUUGGGCUUCUACGCGGGCGGGAGUUCUACAUGAAGGACAUGUACACAUUUGACAUGAGCGAAGAAGCUGCAUACCACACAUAUGAAUCUGUGUGCCAGGCUUACACCCGCCUUUUCUCUCGGUUAGGCCUGUGCAUUGUCCAGGUCCACGCUGAUACAGGAAACAUUGGAGGUAAACUCUCCCAUGAGUUUCAGCUCCCCGCAGACAUCGGAGAGGACAGGCUACUGGUCUGUGGUAGCUGCUCCUUCUCUGCCAAUGUGGAGACCAUGGAACCAGGCCGGACAGACUGCCCACAGUGCCAGGAGGGAACGCUGGUGGAGUCUAAGGGCAUAGAGGUAGGCCAUACGUUCUACCUAGGCACCAAGUACUCCCACAUAUUCAACGCCACCUUCAACAACACCCAGAACAAGCCUGCUGUCACUGAGAUGGGCUGCUUCGGGCUGGGUGUGACCCGGAUCCUCGCUGCUGCCAUCGAGGUGAUGUCCACGGAGGAGGCAAUCCGCUGGCCUGGGCUGCUUGCCCCCUAUCAGGUCUGUGUUCUGCCCCCUAAAAGGGGCAGUAAGGUGGAUGAGGUGGCUGGUUUAGCUGAGGAGCUGGCCCUCAGUCUGGGGGAGGCUCUGCCUAGGCUAAGAGGUGAGGUGGUUCUGGAUGACCGGACACAGAUGACCAUUGGUAAGAGGCUGAAGGACGCCAGUCGGCUUGGAUACCCGUACGUGGUGGUAGUGGGACAGAAGGCUGCCGAGGAGACGCCCAGGUUUGAGGUGAUCUGUCAGCAGACUGGUGAGACAACGUUCCUCAGUAGAGAUGGACUUGUAGACCUACUCAGAUGUGUGGAGACAGUCUGAGUUGCACUGAUCUUGACAUGGAACUGGACUACUGAGUGCGCGACAAAACCUUUUCCCCCUCAGGAGACUGAAAAGAUUUGGCAUGGGUCCUCAGAUCCUCAAAAGGUUCCAUCGAGAGCAUCCUGACUGGUUGCAUCACCGCCCGGUAUGGCAACUGCUCGGCCUCUGACCGUAAGGCGCUACAGAGGGUAGUGCGAACGGCCCAGUACAUCACUGGGGCCAAGCUCUCUGCCAUCCAGGACCUAUGUAAUAGGCGGUGUCGGAGGAAAGCCCAUAAAAUUGUCAGACUCCAGUCACCACAGUUAUAGACUGUUUUCUCUGCUACCGCAUGGUAAGUGCGGUAGCAGUGCGCCAAGUCCAGGACCAAUAGCUUCUACCUCCAAGCCACAAGACUGCUGAACAAUUCAUAAAAAUCUCCACCGGACGAUUUACAUUGACCCCCCCCCCUGUACACUGCUGCUGUUUGUUUGUUAUCUAUGCAUAGUCACUUCGCCCCACCUACAUGUACAGAUUACCUCAACAAGCCUGUACCCCUGCACACUGACUCGGUGCCCACUGUAUAUAGCCUCGUUAUUGUGUUCAUUUUUAUUAUUACUUUUCAUUAUAGCCUACUUGGUAAAUAUUUUCUUCUUGAACUGCACUAUUGGUUACGGGCUUGUAAGUAUUUCACGGUAAAGUCUACACUUGUUGUAUUCGGCGCAUGUGGCAAGUAAAGUUUGAUUUGACUAAACUAUUGAACAUGGAAAUCUAUUGGUCCUCUGAAAUGGGCAUGCUUGUGGUUGGGUGCGAUGAUGACAAGUAGCAAAGAGGCUAGUGUUCAACAGGCCUAUACCUACUAGCACUAAUCUUUGUCUGAUACGAACUGAGCUGGACUGAAAUAUAUUAUUACACUGAGAUGGACAUGCAGGUGGUUGGGUAGGUUGGAAUAGGAGACAAUAACUAUAUGGUUCAGUAGCCAUGCAUGUUUGAUGUCUGUCGUAAAAAUCAAUAAACACAUUUGUAAUUCUUA